AUGGCAGGGUCUGUAACCACAACUUCUACUCCAGUCACCUCAGCAGCCAUAGUCACAACUGACAUAGGUGCACAAACAACAGCCACUUCUCUCAGCGCCUCUCCUCAGGAAACCUCAGCAUCUUCCCAGAACCACCACGCUGAUAACAGUGAGACCACCAAACAACCAACAACCAGCACUAUCCAAGAAAUGAGCACAUCAACUCCUGUAUCGUCACCAGCUGGAAACACCCCUACUUCAGCUGGUCCUGAGAACACAUCCCCCUCAGUUGAGACCACCACUUCAUCCCAUUCUAGUGCCAGCUCGACACCUCUGACAACCUCAGGUAUGGUGCCAGCAACAACCUCACAGGACACCACUGUGGGCACAACAAAGGACAUGGCAGGGUCUGUAACCACAACUUCUACUCCAGUCACCUCAGCAGCCAUAGUCACAACUGACAUAGGUGCACAAACAACAGCCACCUCUCUCAGCGCCUCUCCUCAGGAAACCUCAGCAUCUUCCCAGAACCACAACGCUGAGACCACUGAGACCACCAAACAACCAACAACCAGUGCCAUCCAAGAAAUGAGCACAUCAACUCCUGUAUCGUCACCAGCUGGAAACACCCCUACUUCAGCUGGUCCUGAGAACACAUCCCCCUCAGUUGAGACCACCACUUCAUCCCAUUCUAGUGCCAGCUCGACACCUCUGACAACCUCAGGUAUGGUGCCAGCAACAACCUCACAGGACACCACUGUGGGCACAACAAAGGACAUGGCAGGGUCUGUAACCACAACUUCUACUCCAGUCACCUCAGCAGCCAUAGUCACAACUGACAUAGGUGCACAAACAACAGCCACCUCUCUCAGCGCCUCUCCUCAGGAAACCUCAGCAUCUUCCCAGAACCACAACGCUGAUAACAGUGAGACCACCAAACAACCAACAACCAGCACUAUCCAAGAAAUGAGCACAUCAACUCCUGUAUCGUCACCAGCUGGAAACACCCCUACUUCAGCUGGUCCUGAGAACACAUCCCCCUCAGUUGAGACCACCACUUCAUCCCAUUCUAGUGCCAGCUCGACACCUCUGACAACCUCAGGUAUGGUGCCAGCAACAACCUCACAGGACACCACUGUGGGCACAACAAAGGACAUGGCAGGGUCUGUAACCACAACUUCUACUCCAGUCACCUCAGCAGCCAUAGUCACAACUGAUAUAGGUGCACAAACAACAGCCACCUCUCUCAGCGCCUCUCCUCAGGAAACCUCAGCAUCUUCCCAGAACCACCACACUGAGACCACUGAGACCACCAAACAACCAACAACCAGUGCCAUACAAGAAAUGGGUACAUCAACUCCUGUAUCGUCACCAGCUGGAAACACCCCUACUUCAGCUGGUCCUGAGAACACAUCCCCCUCAGUUGAGACCACCACUUCAUCCCAUUCUAUGUCUGGCCCUGCAGUUUCCUGGAGCUCCACCACCAUAUUCACAGGUUAUCCCACCCUUUUGUCUGGUACCAGCACUUUCCCACCAUCCACAGCAUCCUCAAGCUCCACUCUCAAGGCUGAGACAUUAGGAACAAUCACAACCUCACUGAGGACAGACAGUGAGAGAAGCACAGCAACAUCACUACCUUCAACAGUUUCCCAGACCUUUACAACCACAAAUCCCAACACAUCCACAGGCACACGCUUGACAGCUCCCCCAGUCCCUAUCAAGCCGGAGAAAGGUGUUUCCCUCUUCCCCUACGGGCCACUUGUUAGAGACUUGGAGUUUUUCAGGAGGAGUGUGGACUUCCCCUCGCCGCUCUUCAGGCCCCAGAUUGGCUUCCCUUUCGGCUCCUCUCUCCGAGAUUUCCUCUACUUCACAGAUAACGGUCAGAUCAUUUUCCCGGAGUUCGAGUACCAGAUUUUCUCUUACCCCAACCCUCCCCUUGGAGGCUUCACAGGCAGGGACCAUCUAGCCGUGGUGGCUCCAUUCUGGGAUGAUGCUGAUUUCUCCAGCAGCCAGGGAACCAUGUUUUACCAGGAAUAUGAGACGCUCCAUGAUGACUACAAACCGCUUAUAGUCCAGCAGGUGGAGUCAUGGAUUGAAAGCUUUACAAACACCUGGAACUAUAAAGCCAGGUGGACUCUAAAGGUCACAUGGGUCAAUGCCUCUGCCUACCCUGCCCAGAGGGCCUUUGGGACCAACACCUACCAGGCCAUCCUCUCCACAGAUGGGAGCAGAUCCUUUGCCCUGUUUCUCUACCAAAGUGGUGGGAUGCAGUGGGAUGUGAGCCAGCACCCAGGCAACUGGGCCCUCAUGGGCUUCUCCAGUGGAGACGGGUAUUAUGAAAACAGCCCACUGACAUCCCUGCCAGUGUGGAAGAAGUAUCGUCCAGACCAAUUCCUGGAUUCCAACUCAGGCCUCAGGGGGCUGCAGGUCUAUAAGCUGCACAGGGAAGAAAGACCCAACUACCGUCUCAGGUGCCUGCAGUGGUUGAAGGAACAGCCUCAGUGGCCCAGCUGGGGCUGGAACCACAUCUCUUGCCCUUGCACCUGGCAGCAAGGACUAUGGGACUUACGAUUCCAGCCCAUCCACAUAGGCUGGUGGGGCCUCGGCAGCAGGCAGCUGUGCAGCUUUUCCUCCUGGCGUGUGGGCGUGUGUUGCAGCUACGGGCCAUGGGGAGAGCUUCUCCAAGGCUGGAGUGCGCAGAGCCCUUGGCAGUUUGAGCAAGAACUGGAGCUGCAGGACUGGUGCUGCCGCUGGAGUGACCACCCCUCCUUCUGUGUCCUGUACCAACAAAGGCGGCCCCACAUUGACUGUUCUGGGUACCAGCCCCCGAGGCCCGCCUGGAUGUUCGGGGACCCCCACAUCACCACCUUAGAUGAUGCCAAUUACACUUUCAAUGGGUUGGGCGACUUCCUGCUGGUGAGGGCCGAGGGUGGAAACUCCUCCUUCCUGCUGCAGGGCCGCACUGCCCAGACCGGCUCUGCCCAGGCCACCAACUUCAUUGCCUUUGCCGCUCAAUACAACUCCAGCAGCCUGGCCCCCAUCACGGUUCAGUGGCUCCUUGAACCCAAUGACACAAUCCACGUGCUGCUCAAUAACCAGACUGUGACAUUUGAAGACAGAGAAGUCUUCAACACCACUGGAGUCGUAGUGACCCGCAAUGGCUCCCUGGUGUCAGUCAGCUUAGACGGGACAGUGGUGGUCUCAGUGACAGCUCUCUCCAACAUCCUCCAUGCCUCCUGCAGCCUCCCACAGGAGUACCGCAACCACACAGAGGGCCUCCUGGGGGUCUGGAAUGACAAUCCGGAAGAUGACUUCAAGAUGCCCAAUGGCACCACCAUUCCCCGAGGGAGCACUGAAGAGAUGCUUUUUCACUAUGGAAUGACUUGGAAAAUCAACGGAACAAGCCUCCUCGGCAAGAGGGAAGACCAUCUGCCUUCCAACUUCACCCCUGUCUUUCUUCCCCAAUUGUUGAACAACAACUUGGACAAAAAUUUGGCCCUCAAGUGUAAUGGAGAAAAGCAAUGCAUCUAUGACACCCUGGCCACAGGAAACACAAGGGCUGGACUGGACACUAGGAUGAUCUUUGGAAGAUACCAGCAGAUGAACGACACCCUCAAUCAGUACCCACCCUCUAUCGAUGGUCCCCAACUGGUGGAAGCCUACAUGAGGAGGACCACGUUGAUUCACUACAAAAGCAGCUCUGAGGACGUCACAUUCACUCUCAGAAACAACUACACUGACGACUUCAAGCUUUUUGAGAAUGGGACACUGCUCUGGACACCAAGCUCACUGAAACCAUUCACUCUGGAGAUUCUAGCAAGAAAUGUCAAGAACAACUUAUCCUCUGUACUCCAGCCAAAGACCGUGGCCUGUGCUUGCAAGGGACAGGAACAGUGUUUAUACAACCAGACCAGCUGGGUGGGCAACUCCUCCCUGGAGGUGGCCGGCUGCAAGUGUGAUGAGAACACCUUCGGUCUCUACUGUGAACGCACCAAGGACCCCUGUGAGGAGCAGUGCUUCCCGAAUGUGAAGUGUGUUCCUGGGCAGGGCUGCGAGGCUUGCCCCCCGAACCUAACUGGGGACGGGCGUCACUGUGCACCUCUGGAUGACUCUGAACGCUGUCAGAACAAGUCCUGCCCUGCGAAUUACUGCUACAACCACGGCCACUGCUACAUCUCCCAGACCCUGAGCUGCCAGCCCACCUGCACCUGCCCCUCAGCCUUCACAGACACCCGUUGCUUCCUGGCUGGGAACGCCUUCACUCCAGCCAUCGAGUCAGAGCUUCCCGUAAGAACCAUCCAGCUCCUUCUCAGUGAAGAAGAAAAUGCCACAGAGGCAGAGGUCAACGCUUCGGUGGCCUACCGACUGGAGAACCUGGACAUCCGGGCCUUUCUCUGGAAUAGCAAAGUGCAAAAAAUCAGCCCUCUAGCAACACCGGCCUCAGGAAGCUCCCUGCAACGCUGGAACGUCACCUCGGAGUUCCAGUACCGCCCUCAGGGUCCUGUCAUCGACUUCCUGAACACCCGGCUGCUGGAUGCAGUGGUGGAAGCAUUUUUACUACAGGCCCCGCAGGGAAUGUGGAAGAAAAGUGAGGAGCCCAGGAACGACGUAGUCUUCCACCCCAUCUCCAGGAGAGACGUGUGCAGUUUGAUGGCUUUGAACGUGAGCACGCUGCGGACUUACUUAAAAUGCAACAGCUACAGGGGCUACAAACUGGUCUACAGCCCACAGGGGGGCUUCACUUGUGUGUCCCCGUGUAGUGAGGGCUACUGUGAGCACGGCGGCCAGUGUCAGCACCUGCCCGACGGGCUCAGCUGCAGCUGCGCGCCCUUCUCCAUCUAUACGCCCUGGGGCGAGCGCUGUGAGCACCUGAGCGUGAAACUCGGCGCCUUCUUUGGGAUUCUCUUUGGGGCCCUGGGCGCCCUCUUGCUGCUCGGAGCCGUGGUGUUCAUGGUCCUGCGCUUCUGGUCCUCCCGCACCCGGUACUCCUACCCCCUGGACUCAGAAAGCUGAAGCUUCACCUCAAGAGGGUAGCUGUGGCCUAAGAUACCUCAAGAGCCACCCCAGCCACACCCACAUAAUUCCAGGCGCCUUUGCUUUGGGGAGAUGGGGAAAAGGAAGAUGACUGAGGGCGGUUCAGGAUUCAAGGAGAAGGAAUGAUGGGAAUGACUAAUGAUAAGGAAAGAG